AUGAUCUUUUUACAAAAGACAAAACUUCACUAUAAACAGACUUUGCAAACCUUGGCCUUUCUUUUCGUCGAAAGUAACAAUAGCCUACAAGAAAAAGUUAAUGAUUUAGAAACGAAACUUGAAGAGAUGAAAGAAAAACUUCGAAAACUCGAAGGAACUGCGCAACCACUGGAGGAGAAAUUGGAAGAAUUAGAGAGUCAAAGUACGAGAAAUGGAGAAAUAGCUGUUGGAAACGAGGACAAAAUAGAAGUUUUGGAGAGACAAGUGAAGGAAUUAAAAGACAAAAGGGUGGUGGAACUUGCGAUGGAAAAGGUUUUGGUGAAUUCUUAG